GUAAGUUAAACCAUUCUCGGACAAUCAGAAUCCUCUGAUCAAAACAUUUGCUGUGCGGGUCCUCUGCCACUGAAACCCGAAUCCAAGCUUCACUUUUCAUGAAAUAAUCUUGUGACAUUUAAUUACACAGACGCCUGCAAGUUAGCUAUGAUAAUAGCCAACAAAACACAUCUAAUUUGGAUUGAAAAGGGACAAACUAAGUUCUCUAGCACUCCUCUUAAAGGAAGAAUCCGGUGGUACUUUUUAACUUUCUAUUUGCUCAGGUUUUACAGUUGCUUCUGUCUCUUUCACUCUUGUUUUUCUGGGUUUGUUUUAUCUCUAUAUAUUCUCUUGAAGGAAAACGGUAAGAUAUAGACUUCAUUAUUUGUGUUUUGUCAAUCCCUUUCGAGCAAAACUGACCACUUGUUAUUCGUGGUUGCUGUAGCUCUUAGCGUGAAUUCUACUUGUCAGGAAUUUAUGCAUACAACUAAACUAUUAUCUUUUAAAAUGCUGGUAUAUAUAUUUUAUUUUAACAUGCUUUAAGCAUUCUUAUCCGGGUUCGCUUAAAGACUUGCAAAAGCAAAGCUCUGUAUGCAAAUUUUGGAUUUUGGACGCUGUUUUUGCUUUUCAAAAGACCUGAUACUUUGAGUUAUAAGUGAUGGCGAUGAGGAGAAAUGGGGGCUGGGGAAUUUUGGGGUUGGUUAGAGUGUAUAGAUGAGCGUGAGUUCAAAAUUUUCAUAUCAACAAUAAUAUCUACAUGAUAGUCAGGUUAGGAUUCCUGGUUGCUGCUUCAAUUGCAGCCUGUGCGGUCAGGGAGCUCAACCUUAAGGCAGCAAAGUCUUCUGCUUCUUCUACCAAGCCUUCAGAAAAUAGUGAGCAAAGUCAAAAUGAGAGACUCAAAGAGAAGAAGUGGGAGGAAGAAGAGGAAGAAGAGGUCAAAUUGAUUAGCAGCAUAUUUGAUCGGGCUAGUGGUAGUCCACCUGAUAAGGAAGAUGGAGAUAUUUUACCUGAGUUUGAAGAGCUUUUAUCUGGAGAGAUUGAAUAUCCAUUACCCCCUGACAAGUUUGAUGAUGCAGAGAGGGAUAAAGUUUAUGAUACUGCAAUGGCGGAUAAUGCAAGGGAAAUGGAACGCUUACGCAACCUAGUAAAGGAAUUGCAGGAAAGGGAGGUGAAGCUUGAAGGUGAAUUGCUUGAGUACUAUGGACUGAAGGAGCAGGAAUCAGAUGUUGUGGAAUUACAAAGGCAGCUCAAGAUCAAGACAGUGGAGAUUGACAUGCUGAAUAUUAAUAUAAACUCCUUGCAGGCCGAGAGGAGGAAGCUUCAAGAUGAGAUUUUACAGAGUUCUUCUGCAAAGAAGGAGCUGGAGGUUGCCAGUAGAAAGAUUAAGGAGCUCCAGAGGCAAAUUCAACUUGAUGCUAACCAGACGAAGGGUCAGUUAUUGCUGCUCAAACAGCAGGUUUCUAGUCUUCAGGCAAAGGAGGAAGAAGCUGUCAAAAAAGAUGCUGAACUUGAUAAUAAGUUGAAAUCUGUUAAGGAGUUAGAAAUGUUGGUUGUGGAGCUUAAGAGGAAGAAUAAAGAACUUCAAAUUGAAAAGAGAGAGUUGACUGUUAAAUUGGAUGCUGCUGAAGCAAAAAUAGCAGCCCUCUCUAAUAUGACAGAGAGUGAAAUGGUUGCCACUGUGAGAGAGGAGGUUAAUACCUUAAAGCAUGCUAAUGAAGAUCUGUUAAAGCAAGUGGAAGGGCUUCAGAUGAACAGGUUCAGUGAGGUUGAAGAGCUAGUGUACCUUCGAUGGGUCAAUGCAUGUUUGAGGUAUGAGCUUCGGAACUACCAAGCACCAGCUGGAAAAAUUUCAGCUCGUGAUCUCAACAAAAGCCUAAGCCCCAAAUCUCAAGAGAAGGCUAAACAGCUGAUGUUAGAGUAUGCAGGGUCAGAGCGAGGCCAAGGGGACACAGAUCUUGAAAGUAACUUUUCCCACCCAUCUUCACCUGGGAGUGACGAUUUUGACAAUGCCUCAAUUGAUAGUUCUACUAGUAAGUACAGUAACCUCAUUAAGAGACCCACCUUAAUCCAAAAGCUGAAGAAAUGGGGCAAAAGCAGAGAUGAUUCAACUCUUUCAUCACCAACCAGAUCUCUCUCUGGAGGCUCUCCAAGCAGAAUUAGCAUGAGCCAUCGACCAAGGGGUCCUUUGGAAUCUUUGAUGCUGAGAAAUGCAGGUGAUGCUAUGGCCAUCACUACAUUUGGGAAAGCAGAACACGAAUCUAGUGACUCACUGAAUAAUGUUGCAGAUUCAUUCCAAUUGAUGUCAAAAUCAGUUGAUGGAGUUCUAGCAGAAAAAUAUCCUGCAUAUAAAGACCGGCAUAAAUUGGCCUUAGAGAGAGAAAAGAAUAUUAAGGAGAGAGCUGAGCGAGCAAGAGCACAGAGGUUUCGUGGGAAUUCAAAUUUUGAGUCUAAGCCUGCACUUUUGCCACCAAAACUUGCUCUGGUAAAGGACAAGCCAAUUGUUUCUGGUGGUUCAAAUGAUCAAUCUAACAAUGAGAAUGCUGCUGAUUCUCAAAUGAUAAGCAAGAUGAAACUUGAGAAUAUUCAGAGGAGGCCCCCCAGGGUGCUUAGACCACCUCCAAAACCAACUGGUGGUGGUGCUGUGGGUACAAAUGCAAAUCCUUCCAGUGGUGUACCUCCAGCUCCACCAGGUGCUCCACCACCACCACCACCACCACCAGCACCUCCUAGUGGGCCACCUCUUCCUCCACCUCCACCAGGGAGCCUGCCAAGAGUGGCAGGAAGUGGAGAUAAAGUUCAACGAGCUCCUGAACUUGUUGAAUUCUAUCAAUCAUUGAUGAAACGGGAAGCAAAGAAGGAUACAACUUCUUUUAUUUCAUCAACAUCUAAUGUGUCCGAUGCUAGGAGCAACAUGAUUGGAGAGAUUGAGAACAGAUCAACAUUCCUUUUAGCUGUGAAAGCCGAUGUAGAAACUCAAGGUGAUUUUGUCCAGUCGUUGGCAGCUGAAGUUCGAGCAGCUUCCUUCACAAGCAUUGAUGAUUUGGUGGCUUUCGUAAACUGGCUAGAUGAGGAGCUUUCCUUCUUGGUUGAUGAACGGGCUGUUCUCAAGCACUUUGAUUGGCCUGAAGGGAAAGCAGAUGCAUUAAGAGAGGCUGCUUUUGAGUAUCAGGACCUGGUGAAAUUAGAGAAGCAAAUGUCUUCUUUUGUUGAUGAUCCCAACCUCCCAUGUGAAUCUGCACUGAAGAAGAUGUACAAAUUGCUUGAAAAAGUGGAACAGAGUGUAUUUGCACUCUUACGGACAAGAGACAUGGCUAUUUCAAGGUAUAGAGAAUUCGGAAUUCCGGUUAACUGGUUACAAGAUUCAGGAGUUGUUGGCAAGAUCAAGCUCUCAUCUGUUCAAUUGGCAAGGAAGUAUAUGAAACGUGUAACAAAAGAACUCGAUGCAAUGAGUGGACCUGAAAAGGAACCAAACAGAGAAUUUUUGCUUCUGCAAGGCGUACGAUUUGCUUUCCGUGUCCACCAGUUUGCCGGAGGCUUUGAUGCGGAGAGCAUGAAGGCAUUUGAAGAACUAAGAAGCCGUGUGCGUACCCAAGGAGGAGGAGACACAAAGCUAGAAGCAUGAUGCUCCAUAAAACACCAUAAUUAUAUAUACAAAAGUGCUACUUCUGAGGGUUACUUGCUGUUUAACCUAUCCUUUAUUCAUGCCUCCACAGACAAUAUGAAGAGGUUAAAUACAAAAGUUCAGCAUGUGAGCUGAUAUCACGUAUGGAUUAUUAGACUCUAAUGUGAAAAAAAUAAUGUUAUGUAUACAAACAAUGAGAUGAUAUUAUUAUAA